GUUCAAGUGUCAUAUUACCUUCAAUACUUUUGUUUUGUCACCAGGCUCCUUUAAAAAUACCUUUCUCCGAAUCCACGGAGAAGAGCUAGUCACCGGCGGGCUUCGUUACAGCCCUGGGGUUUCAGGGAGGGGCAGCGCUGACAUCCUUCAGGCCAGACUCAGCUCCAACGUUGUAGAAAGUAGGAAGACAGGGGGUGCGAACGAGACAGAGAGAGAGAGAAAGGGAGAUUUAAACCAAGCAGGGUCUGAAAUCUAAGCCGGUGGAGGAGUGGGGGGUUCUGGGAAGAGGACGGAGGCCGCACAGGAGACAGUCCCACCAACAGGAAGAGCUCCGUCUGGGUUUUUACCAAGAGAAGCCAUUGCACCAUGCCGGCAAACAGGCCGACUCAGGAAACCACGCAACCACUGAAUCCCAACCAGGCUGUGGUUCCACAGCCAGGUCGCCGCAGAAAGCUCCACAUGACAGCACCAGCGACGCAGAGGACCCAGAGGAACAAGGGGCUGGGCAAGAGGAAGGUCCUGGUGAUCGUCCCUAUAGUUGUGCUGGUGCUGGUCUUUCUGGCUAUAGCAAUAUACUUUAUUAAGCAGCUGAUUGACAGCAAAUACUUCUUCUGCACGAGCUCGCUGAGGUUCAUCCCGAUAGAGAAGGCGUGUGAUGGGAAAAAGGACUGCCCCGGAGGAGAGGACGAGACGACCUGCGCCUCCAACCUCACCGUGACCUCGACCUUCCCAGUGCGUCUCGUGACCAACCUGAGCGUGCUGCAGGUGUACAGCAACGUGUCCGGCUGGAGGAGCGUGUGCAGCGACCGCUGGACGCAGCAGCACACGCAGACGGCGUGCGGCCUCCUGGGAUACACGUAUAAACCCCUCGGCGCCAGCGUCCCAGUGAGCAGUUUGGCGGGUGCCCUGAAACACGGCCCGUUCGCCGCAGUGAAGCCCGGGACCGCGACCGCGCCCACGGAUCAGGCUACGGCCGACAGCACUGCAUGCGGUUCUGGAUCAGUGGUGUCUUUGUCCUGUUCCGACUGUGGGCAGGUCCACCUUCAGGACCGCAUCGUCGGCGGUAAAGACGCCUACAUCGAGGACUGGCCCUGGCAGGUGAGCCUGCAGGACGACGGUCAGCACACGUGUGGGGGCUCGCUGGUGGCGCCCAACUGGGUGGUCUCCGCCGCCCACUGCUUCUCCGGGGUCAGAAAAGAGUUGAAAAGCUGGAGGGUGGUGUCCGGUCAGACCUACAUGGCCUCGCUCGGGGGGUCCUACGUGGACAAGAUCAUAGUGAACGGACAAUACGACCCGGUGCUGAGCGACUACGACAUAGCAAUGCUGAGGCUCAGCAGCCCGAUCACAGUGGGAGACUCCCGCAGACCAGUGUGUCUACCUCCUAAAGCCCUGGGUCUCAGUGCUGGUGAUACCCUGACUGUGACCGGCUGGGGAUACCUGAGGGAAAACGGUCAGGUGUCUCCUUCACUUCAAAUGGCCCAAAUUAAUUUUAUCGACCGAGACACGUGUUCCAGUCCUCAGGUGUACGGCAGCACUAUAACCCCAAGGAUGAUCUGUGCCGGGGUCAUGGCGGGCGGGGUGGACGCCUGCCAGGGGGACAGCGGGGGUCCGUUGGUCUAUGACAGCUCCUCUAAGUGGAACCUGGUAGGAGUGGUGAGCUGGGGCGACGGCUGUGCCCGCAAGGGACAGCCAGGAGUCUACACCAACGUUGACGAGAUGCUCAACUGGAUCUAUACAGUCAUGCAGAAAAACCCCUGAGGUUCUCCGGUGGUGAGUAAAACUCCAGACCAGGCUGCCCUGUGAAAAUCAAAGGAACUUUUAGUUUCAGCGUGGCUGACACACGGUUGGAGACGGACGGAGCAGAAGGGAGAGUUGAAGCUGCACUGAAAGAGGAAUGCAGAUGAACUGUAAAACACAGUGACCACAAACACUACACCCACACUUGAAUACAGAUGUUUUCCAGGUGUUGCUUUUGCCAUUUUCAGUGCCAUUUCAUGUUCUGGUCUCAGGGGACAAGCGUUUCUAUUUAUGGGCUCCGGCCAGUGGGAGCUUUCUUCCCGAAAGGCAGUGCAUACGUGUUUUAGCUUUAACAAAACCAAAGACUUGAUUCACUGAUGUUUUAAUUUUCAGUUACUGUCAAAUAACACUUUGGACAUGACCUGGGUGAUUUUAGAAGGUUUUUAAAGGACAUAGAUGUUUUGUAAGAGAAGGUGACAAAGGGUGAACACGGCCUUGAGUCCAAGGUGUCAUUUUAAACUGCCCCCUCCUGGAGUCCAAUACAUUUAUGCUGCUAAUUCUGUUAGUGGUUUGUCAGGUUUCAGCACAGCUUCCUAUCACAGACAAACUAACAGCAACAUGAGCACUUUAAGUGGAAACCGAGAAUUACUUGACUUAAUUUAUGAGCAGAUUAUUCAAGUAACUACUGUGUAACACUGCACUCUACACUAACUGAGAAAACAAAGUUGUGUUUACAGUUCAUCCACAUAGUCUCAUAUGCCAUGAUGAUGAAUGAAUGUUCAUGAUACGGUUUCCAGCUUGACAGCUAUAGUGACAUAAAUGUAAAAGGAAAAGGGUGAAGUUGGUUCAUUUCUAGUUAGAUUUUAUACACUUGUAAAUAUCUUGUAAAUAUAAUAAAACUUACUUACAAUAAUAA